UAAACGGCGGCGAUGUGUGGGGAGGACAUCAGUUGACGACCUGCUGUAGUUCUACACAAGUCGAGAGCUCCUGAAGCUCGCUGCUCACGUUUUGUCAGUCGAGAAAUGGCGAGAAUGACCACCAUGAGUGUCGUCUGCGUUCUGCUGCUUCUCGUCCAAACGGUUGUGGUCCAGGGCAACUGCUACUCAGGCCCCGCUAUAAUGGAUGAGACCACCCACGUCUACUACUGUUUGGUGAGUGGCAGGACCAGGAUUGAGGAUAAUACAUUUUACCUCACCCCCGACUGCUACAACUGCACUUGCGGGGGAGGCCAAAUACAUUGCUGCGGUGUUGGUAUUGCAGCAGGACCGGUCAAUGUACCGAUAGGUUAUAAACUAGAAAUGGAUGGUCAGUGUGACUAUAACAUCGUACCUGUGUGAAGGUACAGGUCCAUUGCCACGUUCUGCGGAGGGUCACCACCCUACUUUGUUUCUUCUUCUUUUCUACAGAUCAACUUCCUUUCUAGUGUAGAGCUGACCCUAAACAUUCCAGAAAGAAUGUCGCCACCUUCUGUAAACUAAUUACUGUUUGUAGUAUUUAGCAGACAAACCUCUACGUGCUUUCAAUGAGGAUAAACCAGAGUUUGCCUCCUUGGUGUUCUAGGCUCGUGAUUUCAUCCCGUGAUUGUAAAAUGUUUACUGAAAUAUCCAAAUAAAAUGAUGCAGUGGAAUACUUA